GAAGAGGAGGAAGAAGCACGGGUUUCCUUGACUAUUGCUCAGCAACACCCCAAUACUCUACCAUGAAACGCACUAGAGAGCAAGUCGUCGUGCUCAUCGCCAUUUGCAUGGGUAUCAACUUCUUUUGCCUCGGCUCCUACAUCUUGGGCUACUACCGGAAUGUAGCGAGCUCGGGGAUCUUCUACGACAUCAUUCUUGGUGCUGAGUCAGGCGUGAACAUGGCAUCUGAUUAUAUGCUCUUCAGUGUACUCCAAGUGCCGGCCAAUCCGGCACUUUCGGGUCCGACUCCUGCGCAAGUGGUGGACACUCUGCGCAAGUUCCUGAUGCUGAACGCCGGGACCAUUGUCGUCUGCUGCGUUGGCCAUGUGGCGGGCGGCCACUUUCUAUCCCGCAAUGUUCCCGUGGUGGGAGUUCGAAACGCCGACGAGGAAUCGUCCAAGCGCAAUCGAUCAUUCCUGCAGCGCGCCAUCUGCUACAUAGCCCUGGCUAUAGUGAAGACCUCCGGCCUGACAGCGGACCCGCACGAGAUUGUGGUGAGAAUCGCCGACGCAUUCCGGGACCCAUCGAUCGUGGAGGCAAAGUGUUCGUGCACUGCUGGAUUGUCGCAAAAGUGCAAGCACAUCUCGGCUGUUUCUCCUGGCACCUUAUCCUGGAACAUUUGGUGUAGUUGUCAGUCCCUUUAACGUUUCGUCUCUACAUUGCGUUUCAAUGCUGUUCAUAGUGCAAAGAUCGUAGUAAAGUGGAAUGUUCAUGUGCGUGCACCGUUGUAAGCAGAAGAGAUCCUAUUAUGUGCCGAACUGCAACUUAGCUUCACCUUGUGCUGUGGCGCUUGGGGUUACCUAUAACAAUACAUAUCCUGCUUUUUUUCUUUUUUUUUUGCCGACAUGACUGUUCGUUUCCUAUGGCUCAUACGCUAUUGUUUCACAAUUUGUGCUCGAGCAACUGCGUGAUAUCAGUGGCGACUCAGGCAGAACUCAUGAAACCAACUUUUGUUGUCUUUGUUAGUGCCCUUCUUAAAGGGGCCCUGAAACUGGCAUGCCGCAUGAUAUAGAUACCACGACCACCACAAGCUCUGUUCGCAGGAUGAUCAGACAGCCGUGUGUAUUUAUUGGUCUCUGUAAGUGAUGUAGCUCCAGGCGUCCAUCUCGCGUAUAGAGAGUGCCACACAUGCCUGAACCACAAGUAGCAAUGUGUAAAAAAAAAACCUUCACCAGGACCUUGCUACCUUGCCAUGCACCGUGUAGCUUCCAGCACACUAGCUGAGGCGAAAGGAGAAAGCAAUGCAUCAGUGCAAUAACUACUAAUUCCGCUUACAGUUCAAUGAUUCGAAAAAUUUUUGCAGCAGGUGGUGUCCUUUUGUAGUGAGGUAACUAUGAUCAGUCGGAAGUGUUUCAGUGCCCCUUUAAGUGUUUGUUAAGUGCUUUAAGUGCAUGUUAAACUUUUAUGUCACUUACUUUCCAUUUAUUGAUAUGUUGAUAGUAAGGACAGCUCUAUAUGCUCUCUGGAGGUCAAUAAUUAUCAUUCACUGAUGUUAAGUCUGCACAAGUGUCUCCCCAUGUUGUAUUACCAGUGGUUUAGUUAUGCUUCCCAGGACAGCCAUUUGCACUGUAUUCAACAAACUGGGAAGAAGCAUAAAUUAUGGUACAUAUACCA